CGCGUCAAUAUCCAAUACUAUGCACCAGGUGAACGAAGGGCCCGUCCGCCGACUUCGAUCUCGUAGUAUAUGCAUUGCAGCAGCUAUAGUCACCUGCGCUCUGGUGCUCUUCUUUGGUCUCAAUCUUCACCCGUCUACACCGCGACGCCUGCGAUCGUUCUCCUUUGGUUCUUCUCAAGGGGCUAUUGCUGAGGAAGCUCUUGAUUGCUUCAAACAGGAGGUAGAUAUAAGCGACUGGAGCAAGUCUCAGAAAUGCUGGAACGAUGUUAGAAGAAAGGCUGUAUUAAGCACGCUGGAAAUGUUGGAGGAGCUUCCGCUUGGGCAUCCGGCAGUAAAGCGCUUUCAAGACCAAAAGCCAGGCUACAGUGUUCUCGAUCUUCUUCCUGUAACGUACCAAUGCGACGCCAACCAGCUUAAACGCAUUGGUGAAGAUGGGGACGGUGGGAAAUGGAUGUGCACAGAGCUGCUGGAUAUUGGCAAGGACGACUGUCACAUCUUUUCGCUAGGAUCCAACGGGAACUUCCAUUUUGAAGAGUCGAUAUCCAAGCUGACGAAAGGAAAGUGCAAAAUACAUACUUUUGAUUGCACCGGCAAGUGGUCGAAUAGGGUGACCAGCUUCCAUUCCUGGUGUAUCGGCGAUAAAGAUGAGGUGAUUGACGGGCGGACUUACAAGCGGCUCUCCACUAUAGCCAAGGAAUUGCGAAUAUCGCACAUAUCGCUCCUAAAGAUGGAUAUUGAGGGGUUUGAAUGGCCGGUUUUUGAGAGCUUAAAAGCUGAGACAGAGUCAUUCCUUCCAAAGCAAAUCCUGGUUGAAGUUCACACCGGGGAGCCUGGACAAGUGCCUACAAAAGGAACGUGGCUGCAUAGCGUGAUAGCGCUGAUGAAGGAUCUUGACACGAUGGGAUAUCGAGUGGCAGCACAGGAGCGGAACCCAUUGUGUCCAACCUGUAGCGAAUAUGUUCUGAUACGAGAAUAACCAAUGAAUUUUCGUGACCAUGUCAAAUGCAUUUAUUAUGAGCGAAAUCUAAACAUAGAGUAAAACACCAUCUUCAAAACUCGGCAACCCAUCAUUUUGCACUAAUCCAAUGACGAUCGCUCUUAACAUCCAGG